AUGUUUGGCUGGAAUAAGUCAAGUGAAGAGUCUCGAGACAGCGGAACAAAACCUUUUAACCUAGAAGAUCUCGGAAUAAAUAUUUAUGGCGACGUUUUCGAGCUACCCCCAGAAGCCGAAGAUUUGAAUGAAGAGGAUCUAAAUGACCCUACUUUACUGGUAUCUGCAGUACCCGUAAUCGAUAUUGAUGCAUUAGGUGCUUUAGGAGCACCAAAUGAUGAUGACGAUGUAGAGGUUGAAUUGGAUGAGGAGGAUAUGAAGGACCCCACCUUGUUAAGUGAAUUGCGGGAGUUAGGUUACCAAAGUGACGGCGAAAAUGAUGGCGCGGCCGUCAAACAUGAAGAGAGCACGCCCGUGACAAAUACGCGGAAACAACAAUUAAAGUCUAAAAUGGAGGGGCGAGAUCAACCGGUGUCGGUAGUAACCGAUAACGACAAGGGUGACUCUCAGCAGAAAGGCGACACCUCGAAGAUUGGACAAUCAGAUUCGGCGGUGGUGAAUUAUGAUGUCAAAGGUGUCUCUCAUUCACCAGUUCAACCACAAAGUAAUACAAUGAUUAUUGAUCAUUCAGCUUCGGUGGCAGCCGAUAACAAUAAAGGUGUUUCUCGUUCACAGGCUCAGUCGAACCAUGACACACGGACAAUCGAUCUACCGCUUGAUGUCAUGCUGCUGGAAGAAAAUGUUGAAAUGCUGGCCAAGUAUAUACAGCAGGAAAAACUUAAAGCCGUGACUAAAAACCGUGCAGGAGAUAAAGCUGGUGCGGUGGAAUCUAUGAGGGCUUAUAAACAAUUAGAAGCUAAACGUGAUCAAAUAUUAAAAAAUGAAUCGUCUACCUCGAGUGAAAUUUCUCAGAACAAUAUUCAGCUAAAACCGUCCUCGACAUCUAAACCAGCAACAGAGAAUGCAGCACUCUCACAGGAAACAGACUCGUCGAAAAAUUCUGAACUCAUCUUAUCUAUAAAGCAGCGACUAGAUCAAUACAUGGCGGCUGUAAAUAUGCUUAAAAACACAAAUUAUCAACGAGCCAAGGAAUAUAUGAACACGGCGAAAAACUUGCAGGCAAUGAUGCAAUCUUUACUGAGUGGUGGUCAAUUGCCUGAAGGUUGGGUCUUACCUAGGGAGCCGGAUAUGACUGAAAAGGCGCAAUCGCCUGCUCCGUCGACAUCAAAGAAAAAAGUUACGGCGAAUGUUACUCCUACGCAAACUCCUAAACAGAAAGUUUUAACUGCAAUCGACACGACCAAAUUACAACUAUUGAAUGAUGAUGAAAAACCCCUGACUAUGAUGUCAAGAGAGGAUCAGUACGCUCGGUUAUUGGCUCAAUUGGAAUCGCAAAUUUCUUUAUGUACAACGAUAUCAGCUUAUUAUCUCAAAUCUGGUGACAAGUCACAAGCAUCAUUCUUUUACAAAUACAAAAAGUCUUUCACCGCUGACUUGGAAUCCUUGACAUCUUAUCAAAAACAUGGCAAGGACGUGCCCCCAUUUCGCUACAUGGAGGUGACGUAUAAUGUUGAAAAUGCAUUUUUCGAUUUAUCCGCGAACGAUUUGGAAGUUUGUAUCGAGAGAGCUUGGAAUAUGGGGAAUAAGGAGGUUAAUGGAAAGGACGUCGAAGCUUAUGUGAAUUUCGAUAUUGGAUGGCCGCCUGAAGGUAGUCCUGGUGCGGGUAGCGGAAAGGGUGAUACAUCUGUUGCCAAACGAGGCAUGGACCCAGAAUUUAACUGGAAAAAGACCUUGAACAUAGAACGUAAUAAGGCGUUUCAACGUCAUAUCGACCGAAAAAAGGCGUUAUUUGAAGUUUUUCAUUACCGAGGUUUCUUCAGGAAAGCCAUCUCUCUUGGUAAAGCCCAGGUCAAACUAGACCCUUUGAUCAGCAAAUCGGAGAUACACGAAGUUGUUGAGCUCGUUGAUAACAACCGUAAGCCUACUGGUGGUAAAUUAGAAAUUCGGUUGCGCAUGAGGACUCCGUUACUAAGGGCUGAUGUCAUCACAAAAACCGAGAGAUGGUUAAUUAUUGAUAAUUUUAAUACCAAUCAUCCUUCGCAAUUAACAUCUCGACCUGCGGCGUCAACCUCCGUCAAAACCCCUUCAAACACUGACCCGACGUCAACAUCACUAAAAACUCCUGUAAAUCCAGGCACUUCUGAACCUUCGAUCCCUGCUGUACAGAAAACCUCCGCAAAUGAACUUAGCGAAGAACCAUCGCAGGCAUCCACUUCUGUUACGCAAAAACCAUCCACAUCUCGCACCCCCGCAACGCUAACCAAAAACGCACAAUCAACAGAGACUGAGCAGAGUGAGUUGGAACAAGCCGAAGAACAAUUAAACGAUGUUGAUUUGAUUGUUUCAACUAAAUUACUUCAACAAGAAAGUGAAAUGAUCGACGCAGAGAUCGCAACAUUACAGGCACAACAGAAACCCGUAUCUGACGAUCUGACAGAUCGAAAAUCUGCUAUUCAAAUUAAAAUGACAAUGAUGGAAAUGCAGGUUCAAACUGGGCAAUUGACAAUCGAUAAAUAUAUGGAACAGGUAAGGGCAAGUACCGCUAAUUAUAAAAAAUUGGCGUUGGUAUUCAAAAAAGCUGGCAAGCUGGAAGUUGCAAAAAAAGCCUUGGUGAGAAGUAAAACCAUGGAGGGCGAAUUGAAAGAGAUGGAAGAAGCAAUGGCUGGUGGUGCAAUGAACAAUGAAUAG